CUCCCGAUAACUUAUCAUUGAUGUACCAAAAUGUCAGGCAAGGCAGUUACACUCUUUUGUGGCAUUUGUGCUCUUUUCGUGUUUAUUCAGGCUCACGGACAGAUCAAGGGUGAUCAUGGCAAAAGUGCCGAGUCGCGAGGAUCAUACGUUAAUGUGACCGGAACCGAGUAUUAUAUCGAAACAACAUCCCGCGUCCACAGAGAUGAAGCGAAGGUAGAAUGUGAGGCUAGGAACAUGUCUUUGAUUUCCUUCCAAACACUGAAAAAGUUUGAAGACACUGUUAAUUGGCUCUUUGACUACGGGUAUGAUACGUAUUGGUUUUGGACUGGGGCACUGAAAGAGGUGAACUCUUCCGUUUGGAUUUGGGAACCGACGGGCGAGGAAUUCACGUACUUCCAAUGGGGCUGGGACCAACCAACAGUGAACAACGAUUCAAUUAGAACGUGUAUCGACUUCAAAGUCUUUUCUGGCUGGGAUGAUGACGAUUGCGAGCAAUAUUCGUUGGGAUACAUUUGUGAAUAAUUUGAUUGUUUUAUUCCAAUAAAAAAGCUUUGAUCAACUGAAAAUAUAAAUUAUAUUA